GCGGUGCCGCUGGCGGGCGGCGCCUCACGGGCCGGCGGGAGCCGCGGCCGGGCCAUGGCCGAGGCGUAUUUCCCCGUGGGCCCCGGGCUGGGCGUGGAGGAGAAUUUUCUCUCGCUGGACGAUAUCCUGAUGUCGCAGGAGAAGCUGCCGGGGCGCGCCGAGAGCGCGCUGCCGCGCCUGGCCGUGCUGCUGGGGCAGGGCGCGGGCAGCGCCGAGUCCAUCCCGGAGGGGUCAAAGCUGGAAAUCCCCCUGUGGCUUGCUAAAGGGCUGCAUGACAGCAAAAGGAGAAUCAUCUCUGUGGAACUGCCAAAGAUUUACAGGGAAGCCUGGAGGACAAUAUUCAGUGCUGAUGCCAAUGUGGUUGAUCUGCAUAAAAUGGGGCCCUACUACUAUGGAUUUGGCUCACAGCUUCUGAAUUUUGAGAAUCCAGAGAAUCCUGAGAUAGCUCAGACUAUUCUGCAGACGUUCAUCGCCCGUUUCCGCCGCAUCAUGGACUCCUCGCAGAACGCCUACAACGAGGACACGUCGGCGCUGGUGGCUCGCCUGGAUGAGCUGGAACGGGCUCUCUUUCAAGUGGGCCAGAAAGGGCUGAAUGACUUCCAGUGCUGGGAAAAGGGACAGGCUUCUCAAAUCACAGCUUCCAGUCUGGUGCAGAACUAUGGGAAAAGAAAGCUCGCAGAAGUGGAUGGUUAAAAACCUGAAGAACGUGAAGUUACAGAUUUACAGCCUGUUGUAGAAGAGAAAAAUUAAUCAGUUUAGGGAAUGACAGGCUCCCUGUCCAUUAAUGGGAAUUCUUCUCUGUAACAGCUUUGGAUAAGACUAGUGAAAAUUUUAAAGGUAGAGGGCAAGGGUAUAAAAACUAGAUCACACCACUAAACAGCUUUACACCUUACUCAUAGCACUCCUGAGGAGUUGCAGCUGAAGUGUUUGCUAGGUGGCUGAAAGGCUGUGGGAGGAUUUUCUAAAAGGGUAAUAAAUACUAAUUAUUGCUCCAAAUUGAUAUUUACAGUACCAGAUCUGGAAAGAAGUGUAAUUUAUGUUUUUCAUCUUGUUCUUCCCAUCCCAACCUCCUGGAAACAGUUGUUGAUUCUAUGAACAGCUGUUUCCAAGUUCCCUGUUCUUUAGAGAGACCCAAUGAUGUGGAAAAAAUAUGAUACAGCAGUAAUUUUUUUUUCAUUUCGUAUACACUGAGGUGGAACAGGUGCUCUUUGUGAGGCAGGAAUGUUUUUCUUUGCUGACUCCUGUACACAGUGCCAGUGCCCUGGAGAGAAAUUCCUCCUCAAACCUACACAGCAAGUGGCUGCACAGAUCUGGUGCUGCCUUGUCCUCUUCUUUCCUUUUGGCCCUUGUGACCUUGGUGCUCUGCAGUAAAAAGUGUUCUUGUUUGAUGCCUGUGGCUUUUGUGCUUGAUCUCUGUGAUGGGUGUUCUACAGAGGAGGAAACAGAAGGCAGCAAAGAAUAAAGUCUGGACCAGAUCAAAAGCAGAAACUUUAAUGGAAACUACCCCAUUAUCAGCCUUUGAGAUAUUUGUUUCACCAUGAGAAAUUCUUCUGAUUUCUAAAUUUGGUGAAUAGAACGGACAGAACAAAUGAACUGAGUUUCCUUCCUUCUGAUCCAUCCAAAUGAAUCUAGGAAUAUGAUCCUGGUAAAUAUCAUCCUUACCAGUAGGAAUGACAGGAUUUGGGAUUUGCUGAACAGCACAGUGGUUAUCAUCCCAUAUGGAUGCCCUUAAACCUAGAUCAUCUUAAGUCCCAUUGGACUGGAGACAGAAGACAUGGUUAUCUCUGUAGUUCCUGCAGUGAUCAGGAUGGUUGUCCUUUGGGAGCAAUAUUACACAUCUUACAGGUGCUUCUGAAGGGGGAAACUCAGCAGGGGAGCUGCAUCCUGAUGCUGCUGAGCACUUCCACUUCUGUGGGAACCCCUGGGUGGUGACAGCAAGAUCCAAGUCUCAGAGGAGCUCUUACUGGACUUGCAGAUGCACCUGGAUAUUGUAUGCUUCAAACAAGACCUCGAGCACAAAGGGCCAUUCUGUGGCCAGGGAUGUUCAAGCUCAGCCUGUGGAGGUGCUGAAAGGGGACAGUGUUGUGUCUUGGUGCCUCCCCUUCAGCUGCACAGGGCCAGCUGUCCUGCCACAGGAGAUAGUUGGAAGCUUGCCUGACAAAGUAUUCUAAGUAUGUGCAGGAUGGAAUGCUGCUGCACUUAAUGACUUAAUGGCACAUAAUGGCUUAUGCAUUUGUCAAUUGUCCAUUUCUGGAUUUUUAUCUUGAAUAAAUGUUCUGUAAGGGAAUGCUCAUAAUGUGAAAAGUCUGUUAAUUGUGCUGCAGCAGAUAAAUCAAAUGGGAUAGUCCAAGUCUCUACAAAAGUGUGGCCAUGAUAGAUAAUCCCUCUGCUCUUACUGAUUAUGUGGUCAGGAGCUAAUUUGUGCAGUUGUGCCUGUGUAGAAAUAGUUCCUGUCUGACUUAGCCCAGGUGGGGACUGGCAGCUUGCAUAGGUUGUGGCAGAGACCCUGCCAGCCAAUCAAUAAGCUGUUGCUUUAAUUAAUUGCAUUUUUAGGAACAUCAGAUGGAUUGGGAUGAUUCCCUGUUAACUCAGCUUUGUUGUAGUGGUGGUGGGAGGUGGGAAUUGGCUGUCUGUAUCCAGAUCCUGCUGCUCCAGGCACUGUGGCAAACACUUCAUGUACCGUGGCAGAGCUGUGAUCAGUGCUGCAAGGGGAGCAAGUUGAAGUCCAUCUGUGACAAGAAGCAUCUUUCAAUUGGAAAUACUAUUUUACUGAGAUGUUGGCUUUGGGAUGUAGCUGGUUUAUAACCAAAAUCAUGAGUUCCAUCAAUUUCUAGAAUGGUUUUGGUGACUAUCCAAGCUAAUUUUCUUGCAUUUCUAAGGACAUUUUUCUUCUGUUCUGCUGGAUGCAAAUUCCAAGCAGAAAUUUGCUCACUUGCCAACAUUUUGUGCAACAGCCUUCAGAGUAGGGAGAAAAAAAAAUCUCUGAAGUAGUCUUCAAUGUAACUGGCUUUUUGUAAGAAGGCAAUGCCACUUGUAGUAACCUUUUAAGACCCUUAAAAAAUCUUAUCCUGUAAUUUUAAAUUACAGUAUUGGGUUAGUAUUGGUUAGCUUUUCCUCUUCUUUUCUCUUUAUUUUUGUGAACACAGCUGUCCUUUCCCAUGGCAUUGCAGCAAGCUUUAAGUUAGAGGAGUUUGAAUUUGUGUGUUUUCAGUAUGGUACAAUAAAUCUUCAUUACAGAACUACCCAAGAAAGGUCUGAAAAGGAUUCUAAGUUUUAUUUCUCCACAGCUUUUAAACUGAAAGGCUGCUGAUGUUUAUGACAAAGCAGUCCAUAGACACAUUUUACAGUAUUGCAAUCAAGGGUAAAAAUAGGCAAAAUUGAGCAGCAACAAGAAGUGUUCUGGGAACUGACAUACGGUAACUCCACGUGUUAUUUUUAUGAGAGACACAAUGGCACUUGCCUGAGUUAGGAGCACAAGCUGUUCUGAUGUUCAGCCAGUGAUUUUCUACUGAUUUUUGGGUAAUCAGCUGCAGAAAAGCUUCAUUCAAAAUUUUGAUUGAAAUCUGGGUUUGGUAGGUUGUGCUACCUUGUCCUAGAUUAGAACAUACACGAAGAGUGGAUGUCAUGGUUGGCAAUGAAAAUGAAGGAUUACUGACUGCUGCAGAAGGAGGGAAGUGGUGAGAAAGCUGUAGAAUCCAAAACCCUUCUGCCAGGGAGAAAUUUGCCAUCUCACGGGUCCUCACCACAGAGGUGAAAAAGAACCCAGAGGGGGCUUGAGACAAGGAAUGAAAACAAGGAGGGAGAGGAGACAGUGAGCUUCCACCUCCCCUGGGCACACUGUCUGCCUGGUGGGCUUUGUUCCCCGUGGAAAUUGCUCUGGGAGCCUCUUCCCUGAGGGCUGGCCAGGCUGGCUGGGAGCCCCCAGAGCCCACUCCUUGCUCUGCUCUGGGGAGCAGGACAGCACCAAGAGCACUGCCAGAACACUCCUGGGCUGGUGUGGAAAACUACAAGGGGCACAGCCCCAAAAAGCCAAGGCAUUUGUUGUGGUUUUCCAAACACUUCAUUAAUGUCAUUGACAAUACCAGCAGGUUCCUCAGAUUAGCGUGCUUCUAUUUUUGAAGAGUUAUUCCCCAUGGCAGGCUGCCAGGCAGGGCCAGCAACCUCAGUAUCCUUUCUAGCUGGGUUGGCAGGACACACUGGUCCAUUGCCUUUCCUUAGCCUUUGUGAGAACUUGCAGCACUUUGCAGUGCUGCCCCACACCUUGGGGAAAUGCACCUUCUUUGGGAUUCCCAGUUAGUCCUGUGCAAGGCAGAAAUCUCUGUUGUAGGAGAAAAGCCACUUUUCUGCUGCUGGGUCAAGACAAGGCACAGGCAGCAGCUGGGCUCAGCAUGGUUUGGGGGGUGAGGAGCAUAGAGGGACAGGGAAUAAGGAAUCCCAGUUUGCCUGCAGAUGAGUUUGAGAAACUGCAGCCCUAAAGACAGUCCCAGAUUUAGCCUCCUUGGAUUCCUCUGUCUAGAAAUGGGCAGUGGUAAGGAGAUAUCUCCUGAGGGUCUCAAUGGUGCUGUUCCAUUUCUGUUGUAAUGCUGUGAUAUUAAAAAAAAAAAAAAAAAGGCAGAAAUAAAAUGGAGGUUGAAAACUGGA